AUGCUUUUGAGGAUAUUUUUUGGAUUAUUUGUUAUAUUUUCUUCAGCUGUUUGCAAGUUUCCCAUUGACAAUGAGAUAGUUGGAGAGCCGACAAUUGAUUGUGAAGAUUCGAUGGUUGGCAUGACGUUUAAGACCAAAAAACCAUUCACAGGCAGAAUUUAUGUUCAAGGAUUAUCAGAUGAUGCAACUUGCAGCCAAGCUUUUGUUGAUAACCGUAAUCUUAGCAGAAUGAGCAUGGUUGUUAAGAAUGGCGAUUGUACGAUGCAACGUCACAGAGUUACGGGAAAGCUUGAAGGUUUAAUGUAUUCUUUAACAAUGAUCGUUUCAUUUCACGGAACAUUCGUAACACGUGCUGACAGAGCUUACAAGUGUAUUUGUUUCUUCAGAAGUCAAAAAACCGUGUCAAAUUCUAUUCAGAUUGGACCUAUUGGACCAACAGAACUCCUUAAUACAGGUGUUAUGCCCACUUGUUCAUAUUCCAUCCGAAGUGGCUCUCCCGAUGGACCUCCUGUUGCAUAUGGAGAAGUAGGAGAAAGAAUUUACCAUAUCUGGCAAUGUGACAUGAUGGAUAAAGGAUUUCUGGUUCAUUCAUGCAAAGUCACUGAUGGACGAGGUUUUGAGUUUGAUUUGUUAGAUAUUGAUGGAUGUGCGAUUGAUCCUGUUAUUCAACCUGAUAUCGUAUAUGAUGAAGACAAAAAUAUGGCUAUCGCCGAGACAUAUGGAUACAAGUUCAGCGAUACUAACAACCUUAACUAUGAAUGUGUUCUGGAGAUUUGUUCUCGAACCAAUGGAGAAUGCAAUGGAUUAACUCCACCCAUGUGUGAUGGAUCAGAUGAUUCUGAUUCAUCAGGAAUUCUGCUACGCCGGCGGCGAAGAGCCGUCAGAGAAGUAUUGCCUCGCGGAGGAUCAAUUGAUGUUGUUGCUUCAAUCAGUAUGAUUGAUUCAAUGAACGAAAGUCAAGUAAUAGAAGAAAUGGCAGUUGUGAAUGAGACAACGACAUUAGUGACAUUCAAGCCAUUCAUGGAAAGCUUACAAUACCUUUGGAAUGAAGAAACAGUCUGUUUAUCUCCAUUGUCAUUGUCAAUUCUUGCAGCUGGAAUGACGAUAUUCUCCAUCGUCUGCAUCAUAAUAGUUCUUCAUCUAUCUCGUAUUCAUACAUACGUCUUGAACACCCAAAACUUGAGCAAAUCAAUGAUGAAAAUACCUCAACAACCAUAA